AUGGCGUCUUUCAGAUUCCAAAACGGGACUGUGAUACGUCUACCAAACGAGAUACUUCUUCUUAUCAUUAGUUUCAUUCCUAUCGACCAUAUACUCUCUUUCCGAACUGUAUCUCGCACGAUCAGGAAUCACAUCGACAACGCCGUCCUUCUCUCCUACCUUUAUCGGGCACGCAUUGUUGCGAACGCAGACCACCAAUCAGCCAACAAUAGUGCAAGCAAACACGUACUACUCAAGUUCAAUUUCUUACAUAUGGAGAAGUUCCCAAAGUCUGGGAGACCUCAUGCGCUUUGGGAGGGCUCGCACGCCGUCUUUCAGGUUGACGAGAAGUGGAUCGAGAAUGACGAAAAUUACAGGCACUGGAACACGCGAGGCACGUCUUCUUUAAAAUGGCUCAGCGACGAAGAUUACCAUGCAGUGGCGGAUGAGUCUGCAGACUGGUUUGUCGAGCUUGACCGUGUUGCCCUCGACCUGGAUAGUGGUGUUACAACCAAAGACCCGACGGAUUAUUACGAUCACACAUGGAGACCCGGAUAUUUCGCUUUCAACAGGGACGCGCUGACAGUCACGUUCGACUGGCGAAUCGUGCUGCGCAACUUCCUCGUCAUGGAAACUGAGAUCACAAGGAGGAUUCGCGAGCAAGACGGACCCGACCCGCUCUAUCACUUCGAUGAAGACGAUGGAUCACCAAUACCACAGGUCAAUCCCUCGCCGACAUACACUUAUGGUCCGGUAGAGGACUACAUUCGCGCCUGUCGCCGUGACACCUUCUUCCGGGUACUGGAUCAUACGGGCCCGAAGGAUUAUGAGGUCGAUCGCGGCAUUCUGCGUCUUCCCAAGUUAUUUGGCGGUCACAAUUACGAAGGCUGGGGGCCUCCUAAUUAUCAUCAUGAAGCCGUCAAGAGGCAUGAAGACCCAGCGAUGGAGAUCAUCAUGGAUUUGCGACAAGGGACCUAA